AUGGGAGUGUUGCCAAAGAAGGCAGCGGAGCCUGGCGCGAAGGCGGCGCCAGAAGCGGGUUUGAAGCCUGGGGAGGGCGAGUCAGCGGCGAAGGCAGCAGAAGGCGCCGAUGCGAAGAGCGUGCCUGGCGUCGAUGCGAAGGCCGGACCCGUUGCGUCGUCUAAGGCGGGGCCUGGCGGUGCGUUGCUGACGAAGAAGUCGAUGGGUGUGUUGCCAAAGAAGGCAGCAGAGCCUGGCGCGAAGUCGGCGGCGGAAGCGGGUUUGAAGCCGGGAGAGGGCGAGCGUCGCCGCUUCCGUCGUCUUCCGCGGCUACGCUUCUCGCACGGACCGCAGCUACGCUUCCGGCCUGGACAACGCAGCAGCUUCCGCCCCGGACUCGGACGCAACGACUGCUUCUUCAGCUACCCUCACAACGGUUUCUUCCGUCGCCUCGGACCGCGCUUCAGCCGCCGCCUUCGCCCAAACUUCGGUCCCCUCCGCGAGUCAGCGGCGAAGGCAGCAGAAGGCGCCGAUGCGAAGAGCGUGUCUGGCGUCGAUGCCAAGAGUGGACCUGUUGCGUCGUCGAAGGCGGGUCCUGACCCUGCGUUGCUGACGAAGAAGUCGAUGGGUGUGUUGCCAAAGAAGGCAGCAGAGCCUGGCGCGAAGUCGGCGGCGGAUGCCAAAGAAGGCAGCGGAGCCUGGCGCGAAGUCGGCGGCGGAAGCGGGUUUGAAGGCCAGGGGAGGGCGAGUCAGCGGCGAAGGCAGCAGAAGGCGCCGAUGCGAAGAGCGUGCCUGGCGUCGAUGCGAAGGCCGGACCCGUUGCGUCGUCUAAGGCGGGGCCUGGCGGACGCAACGACUGCUUCUUCAGCUACCCUCACAACGGUUUCUUCCGUCGUCUCGGACCGCGCUUCCGCCGCCGCCUUCGCCCAAACUUCGGUCCUCUCCCGCUCGGUCUCCGCUUCCGUCGUCUUCCGCGGUUACGCUUCUCGCACGGACCGCAGCUACGCUUCCGGCCUGGACAACGCAGCAGCUUCCGCCCAGGACCCGGACGCAACGACUGCUUCUUCAGCUACCCUCACAACGGUUUCUUCCGUCGUCUCGGACCGCGCUUCCGCCGCCGCCUUCGCCCAAACUUCGGUCCUCUCCCGCUCGGUCUCCGCUUCCGUCGUCUUCCGCGGUUACGCUUCUCGCACGGACCGCAGCUACGCUUCCGGCCUGCUGUUGCGUCGUCGAAGGCGGGUCCUGGGCCUGCGUUGCUUGCGAAGAAGUCGAUGGGAGUGUUGCCAAAGAAGGCAGCGGAGCCUGGCGCGAAGGCGAAGGCGGAAUUAG